AUGAUUACGUCUAGCUUUCUCGCUCGUUGGAAAAUGCAAGAAGAACAGGAUGGUAUAGGGAAGGACAGAGUAGCAGAGACUGUUUGGAAGCGGUGGAAUCACAAUGCAGUUGCAAAAAUAUGUUUAGAGAUAAAUGUUUUAAUAAGUGGACUUAGUGAAACAGCAGUGCGUAUUUCUCAAAAAGAUCUUGGUUAUGGUGAUUAUAAUGAAUUUAUGUGA